GUCACACUUGCAGGUCUAACAAAACAAAAAAAUCAAAACAAAAACAUGCCGAAAUAUAUUGUUUUCGUGGGGUUUUUCUUAACCCUAAGCUGCCAGCCUAACCUGCUGCUGGCCCAGAAGAACAAAACCUGCGAGAAGCUGCUGGGCGAACUGGGCGAUGGCCAGAGCAAGUUCAUCUACUGCGCCACCACGAAGUCGGUGCCCGUGAAUCUCUGCCUGGCCUGCGAGGAGCUCUACCGGUCUCUCAGCAAGGAUUACGAGAACCUCCUGGCGGACGCGAACUGCUCCAAGCGGUACCUCAACUCGGACAGGAUCAACAUAGUGGCCACCACCCAGGGAAUCCUGACCAGCCUCUGGCAAAAGGCCAAUUGCGAGAAUUGCUUCACGGAUAGGUAUUGGGCCCAAUACGAGAACAGAUCCAUCGACUUGCAGGAGUGCUUGGAAACCAGCAGUCCGGACAUCACUUGCGUGCAGUGCAAACCCUUCUACCUGACCCUGAACGACUUCUACCUGAAGAUGGAGUCGAAAGUCAGUGGAAAGGUGUGCUUCGAUCUGCAGGAUAAUAUGAACCGCACCCGCUUGAACUGGUCGAAAACCCUGAACUGUUGUCAACGCGAGGUGAAGCUGGCCAAUUUCCUCAUUGCCGUGGGCGUGGUUGUGCUCCUCCCCAUUCUGACCUUCUAUAUCACAGCUAUAGUGGUGACCAAGCGGCGAGAAGCCAACCAUGGCUUGCUUAACGAUCAGGAACCCGAGCUGGACGCCCCCUCCACGUCGAGGCUCAUCACGGCAGCCGUGCUGUCCACUCCAGUGGAAGAUCCCGUUGUAGUCUCUGCCCAAUUAGAAAAAAUAGCCAAUGUGUGGAGCCGUGCUGAGGCUAAUCAAUACGACGAUUCCGACCAGGGAGAACCCAACUUAAAGCAGCAGAUAAAAAACAGAGCUGGCCCCGUAUCCGACUACUCCCGUGAUGAGGAGCCGCCCAAGGUACCAAAAGUCUUGUUGAGCCCAGAAUCUGACUACUCCAGUGAUGAUGAACCUCUGACAAAGCCAAAGCGGGCGUAGAAUAGAGAACUCAAUGAGGGGAAUCCCCGAUCUCUACUUAAGAACGCAAGGUAGGGGCAUGACAUCAUUAAGACCUGGCUAUCAGCCCAUAAGAUCUUAAAAGCAUUAUCAAAAUAUUCCUUUCCGAAUUUGGCCCAUAUCAAAGCCAGUUACUACUACAUUUUAGGGAACAUCUUCUCCAGCUUGUGCCUAACCAAAUAUAAGAUACUUUAACGUAUGUGAUGCAUCACAAUAAAAGCGAAACAUUUCUAUAUUUAUAAUAA